UAAUUGCUAGGCAGUAUCUGAUUCUCAUUUUGAAGUAAUUGGAGCUACAAUGAACAGCGAUAAUAUGCAGCAAUGGUGGCAAAACACAUUUCGUCAUCACCAUCUACAAUAUGCCUUCAAUCCUCAAAACUUACACGCUCUGCAGUUACCUCAACACAGCGAAAAAAUGGAUGCAGCGAGGUUAAAUCUAUUGCCACAGAUCGGUAACAACGAUUUUGACGAUUUUAAUAAUAAUACUUGGAAAAGUAACUCAUAUGAUAUAAACUGCAAAGAAGCAAAUUCUAUAUCCUCGCUAACUUUGCUUAUAAUGAUCAUAUCGUUUGGACUGGUAAUAUUCGGCGGCGUCCUGGGCAAUGCGACGCUAUUGUUAACGCUCUGUUCUGCCUCGAAAGUGCGCAUGCGAAAUCCCUUGUUGCUAGCCGUUUGCCUUGCUGACUUAUUGGUAACUGCUAUUUCAGCUCCAGUGACGUUUUUAAAUGUAGCUUUAAAUUAUAAGAGUAACUCCUUACCGUUGACAAUAUGCAAAAUCAUUCAUUAUGUGCAGGUUAUGCCGGUAGCCGCUAGUACCAUUUCAUUUUUCAUGCUUUCUUUGGAUCGCUAUGCUACUGUGAGACACCCAUCUUUAGCACAACUACGCAAGCGUCGCUUUUUGCAUGUAUCAGUAGCCCUUUUGUCGUGGAUAGCUUCAGCUGCUCUCAGUACACCUUUCCUUUUCACCUAUAAAAUAAUGGCUAGAAGUGCAACCAACUUGAAUGAUAAAAGUAUAAAAUAUCCGAUCUCGUCCGAAGUUUUGGCUGGUGCUAGCGAAAACGUUAAUAUGGGACAAUAUUUUCAUAUUGGCACUAUUUCACCAAACGUUAGAAUCAAUUGUAUAUACGAUGCUGGCGCCAGCACUGUUUUAAUUUCUUUCAUUAUUUUCCAUACCUUCGCCGUUUUUAUUAUACCUGCAUUGGGUGUGUUGGUAAAUCACUAUGGCGUACGCCAGAAAUUGUGUGCACUCUCUCUAACAGCACGCGCAGCUCAUGGUGAAUUGCCACUUCCUAUGCCUAUACUCCGCCGACAAACUCAUAUGCUCAUUGUAACUGGAAUUGCGAAUGCUCAGCAAGCAGCCACCGACGAUAACCCCAAUGGACCUGAAAUACAAUUACAAAAUCUGAAUCCCAGAUCUGAUGUUGAGCGUGGUCUAAACUACAUGAACUCCACAAACCCUAUCUCGCCCAGUAAAUUCUACCAACAAGCUAUUUAUAAGGUUAGCAUUAACAGGCGGCCGCUGUGGUGCAGUGGUUAG